AUGCCCGAGAAUGCGAAACGAGCAACGAAGAAAGAACGGUCGCUCUUUCAUAUUGCAGUUACAGCCACGGAUUACGCUUAUAGCCAAUGGCAGUGCCGAAUAAUGUACUAUUUUUAUAAGAAGAAAAAAGAUUUGCCGGAAUCGGAUAUGGGAAAAUUCACUAGGAUACUUCACUCCGGAAAUCCCGAUAAUUUAAUGGACGAGAUUCCUACUUUCGUCGUUGAUCCUCUGCCCGAAGGUGUCGAUCAGGGCUACGUCGUUCUUAAUCGACCGUGGGCUUUCGUGCAAUGGCUUGAAAAGGCGAAAAUCGAAGAAGAAUACAUAUUGAUGGCAGAGCCUGAUCACAUAUUCAUACAUCCACUACCGAAUUUAGCAUUUGAAGGAUAUCCGGCUGCUUUUCCGUUUUUCUACAUAAAGCCCGUAAAAUACGAGAAGAUCAUACGCAAGUAUUUCUCGAAGGAGAUGGGCCCCAUUGUCAAUGUUGACCCGAUCGGAAAUUCUCCGGUUAUAAUUAAAAAGGAUGUGCUGCAAAAAAUUGCGCCUACGUGGAUGAAUGUCUCGUUGGCAAUGAAAAAAGACCCUGAGACCGAUAAGAAGUUCGGUUGGGUGCUAGAAAUGUAUGGAUACGCUGUGGCCUCGGCUCUUCACGGUGUUCAGCAUAUUCUCCGGAAAGAUUUUAUGUUGCAGCCCCCGUGGGACUUCGAACCCGGAAAAUAUAUUCUUCAUUAUACUUACGAGUGUAACUACAACUCAAAGGGUAAGCUAAUGUACGAUGGAAGCGGAGAGUGGCGUUUCGAUAAGAGAUUGUAUCUCGAUAACCCCCCACCGCGAAAUUUGUCCUUACCCCCUCAAGGAGCUCCUCAAGAUGUGGUGAAUCUAAUAAAGUUGAUCAACGAGGCUACCGCGAAUAUUCCGAACUGGGACACAUUAGGCGAAGUUGCUAAUCUUACAACGAACGUUUCGUGAUGACGAUAUGGAUUCUUGAAAAGGGCUUAUAAAAUAUAUAUUAUAGGAAGAAAAGAAGAAAGAAAUUUUGCUUUUCAAGAGUUUGUAUGUAGACUAAUUUGAGAGGUAAAAUGUGCAGUUUUUUUUGCUGUAAGUUCACCUAUUCUUUCUAUCACAGAGGAAUUAUAAUUUAUUUUGUUUAAAUUAUCUAGGACCCCCUGCUAGAUAAUGAAAUUGUAGACUCGCCCUCUUCUAGUCAAAAAAUU